AUGUCUCAAUUCGGAGGCGGUAAACCGCCCGGUCAGUGGCAUCGUCCAGCUGCGCCAGGCGGAGCUCCACAACUCUCCGGCUUCCCCACCGUCAAUUUCGGCGGUGUUCCAAUGGUCGGCAUGGGCGUCCCAAUGGGAAUGGUCAAUCAGGCGGCGUUCUCCUCGCCAAACGUUCUCGGCAUGCAAGGAAUCAUGGGCGCCGUCCCACAACAACAACUCGGUCAACAGCAGCCGAGUUUCCAACAGCAAAACGGUCUUCAACAGGGCGCCGCAAGUCUUCAACAAGGAACUGGGGCGAAGAAUCAACGAACUUUCGUCGGCGUUGUCACUAAAAUGCUAGACACUUACGGAUUCGUCGAUGAUGAUGUCUUCUUUCAGCAUAGCGUUAUCCGAGGGUCCCAUCCUCGCGUUGGCGACAAAGUCAUGGUCGAGGCCAACUACAACCCUUCGAUGCCUUUCAAAUGGAACGCCUACAGAAUCCAGCUUCUGAACGCCGCCACUCAACAAGACCAAGUUCGUCAGGCGCCACCACAGCAGCAACUCCCACCACAACGUCAGGAGACGCAGCGUUGGGGAGGUAAUCAAGCGGCGAACGAUCGAGGUGAUCGAAAUGGGCGGGGAAACGAAUCCCCACUUCACCGCUCCAACGCCCCACGUCGUCACUCUCCACCGCCACGAAGACAAUCCCCUCCACCACGUCGCAGUAGUCCGAAGAGACAGCCAAGGGAGUCUAGAAGAUCUCCACCGCCACGUAGAGCAUCUCCACGACGAGCUGCUUCGCCAGCUGUGCAGCCAGCUAAGAAUGAUAGAAAGCGAGAACGAAGUCCGAGUGGAAGUGUAGCUCUAUCGAUCCGUCGUGAUAGUGCUAGUCCACCUCGAAGACGUGCCAGAAUAAUUCCACGUUACGAGUGUCGUAUUCAGAAGCCCACCCUUUUAUCCCAAAUUGUCUCUGGCUCUGUUCUCCGUCAUCGCUACUCGAAGCUCUAUCUUCCAUCAGACUACGUGGAUCUCAGUUUCGAUUGGGUUCGUACUAUUCAAUUGGAUAUGUCCAUGGACCUGAACAACGCCAUUCAAUUCCACGUGUUCAAUAAAGAUGUCGAUUGGAUUGGAGAUGCUCUUCCGGAGCUCGAGCCAGAGGAUGCGGAUCAUCGUCAUCAGGUGAAGGUGUUGCUGCUUUCGCACGCUGGAAAGACUGAGGUUGUCAAGAAGUCAUUCUGUUUGAUGGCCGAUGGUACUACGGAUGAUCAUCAGGAGCCGCAGAGCUUGUUGAAGAACUUGCAUUUUCUUGUUGGCGCUCGUGGCAAAGAAACCAUGGGAAUCGGCGGUAGCUGGUCUCCAUCGCUCGACGGAGCCGACCCAACCUCCACGACCACUAUGAUCCGUACUGCGGUCCGCACGACUCGUGCGCUCACCGGAAUCGACUUGUCGUCAGUUUCUCAGUGGUUCUCAAUGGUGCAAAUUCGCUACUACCGUGCCGAUAAGCAGCGCAUAGAUCACGUCAACUUCCUGCUGCCCGACACCCAAUCAUUGGCACUAGACGAUGCGACGUGGAGCAGUGCGGAGGCGUCGAUUGGCGAGCAGCUCAAGGCGAAACUCGCCGAAGUCGACGCGUUGAAGAUUGAGGAGGAACCAGAGGUGGUCGAGAUGGUUGAAGCAGUGGAACCAGCAGCAGAAGUCGUCGUCACUCCAGAAGCCGCCGUCGUCACCGCGGAGACAGUGGCGGCUCCAGAAGACGCUCCAUCGGAUGUCAAGGAAAGUAUCGUCCUGUUAUAUAUGGUGGAAAAUGAGAACGACGUGAGCAUGAACAGCGAGACCGGAGAAGCUGACAAGCCAAUCGUGGCUGGACAAGGGCCCACGAAUUGGAGCAAACUGGACCCGAAGAGUAUGAAAGUUGCGGAGCUUCGAGUUGAGUUGGAGCUGCGUGGAUUGGAGACGAAGGGGAUUAAGACGCUUCUGGUCCAACGUCUUCAGACAGCUCUGGACAGUGAGAAGUCGACCGAGGCGGCGGCGUCGAAAGAUGUGGAAAUGAAGGAUGUGAAGGAUGAGGUGAAGCAGGAGGCAGGAGCAGUCGCUGGAGAGGAGAAUCCGGCAGCCUUCAUAGCCCCACCUAUAGAAGAGACCAAGGCCAAAACCGAAGCAGAGGCUAAAAAAGAGCAAGAGGAGGCGGAUAAGAAGAAAAAGAAGGAGGAGCAGCUGGAGAAGGAGAAGAAGGAUAAGAGAGACGCUCUUGAGAAGCACUAUCAACUUCCAAAGGACAAGAAGGUCCUGGUUUUCCCAUCCAAAACGUUCAAAUCUGGAAAAUUCGACUGCAAAGUGUUGAGUUUGAGCUCGCUGCUUGACUAUCGUCAUGAUGAUAACAAGGAGAGCCAAUUUGAAGUUUCGCUCUUCGCGGAGGCUUUCAAGGAGAUGAUUGAGCGGAAUUCGGCGUUCACGAUUUAUGAGACGCUGGUCAAUUGUGGAGAUCGGGAUGCGGAGAAGAAGAGGAGAGAUGAGGCGAGAGAGAAGACGGUGGAAGUAGUGGUUCCAGAGGCUUCAGAGGAUGCUAAAGCUAAGACAGAGGGAACCGAGGAGAAGAAGGAAGAGGAGAAGGAGGUGAAGAAGGAAGAAAAGAAGGAGAAGGUGGAAGUCAAGUCAGUUGUUGCCAAUCGCACUGUCUAUGAAGCAUUCUCGCUCUUCGACGCCAAUCUCUGUGGAUACAUCACUGAAAAAGACAUAGAAGAGAUUCUGUACCAUGGAGAGUUUGGAAUAUCCCGGGGACAGAUUCAGAAGCUCGCUAAGAAGCUGUCAGUUAGAGAUAGGAUCAACUAUCGUCAUCUGACUGAUGUGCUUACUGAUAUGGAUGGAAAUGUUAGACACACUCCGGGAGGUGCUGAUGACGUCGUGGAGACGGAUGACUUGAUUCGUGGAUAUGGUGUGAAUCUGGCGAAGAGUCUUGAAGUUCCAACUUCCGAUGCUGCUGCCUCUGCUACAGUGGGAUCUGAUGGAGUGGUGAUUAUCAAUGGAGCCGCCGUGAAUGUUGGGCAGAAGUUGAAGAUGUUGAAGCAGGUGGAGAAGGAGAGAGACGAGGCGAAGGCGACGGUUAAUGAGCAGAUCUCGUUGAUUGACCAACUCCGCGAGGCGAAGGCUGAAAUUGAAAAGAAAAAGAAGGACAUCGACGCUCACUACCACAAAUCCAACAAGAAAUUGAACGAGACAACAGCUCAACUCAAGACCUCCCAGGACGAUAACUCAUCGUUGAAACAGGCCCUCCAGGACUGUAAACGACACGCGGAUCGCAUUUUUUCGGUAGUGGAGAAGGCGAUGCCGGCGCCCAAGAAGGAGAAGAAGGAGGAAAAGGAGAAGUCCGCCGAGAAAAAAGACGAGAAAUUGGCUGAAAAAACAGCUGAAAAACCGGCAGAAGAGGCCUCCACGACGACUACAGCCGCUUCUGAAUCCGCCACGUCUACAGUAUCCGCCGCCCCCGCUGAGCAAUCAUCCGCCGCAGAGCCAAUCGCUAUUGAUGAGCAAUCAUCUGAAGAGAAGCCAGAAGCAUCAGCUGAGGAAAAGAAGGAACAAUAA